UUGUAGAGCAGUGCGACAGAGUUCCCCGAUCGAAGCAGAUUGAGGUCCACUGUGCUGUACUGCUGUGCGUCAAUCAUGGAAGCAAUCCACCUUGCCUACGUGCUCGUCUUCCUCUUGCCCAUCCUCCUCCUCCGUCUCCGGCGCCGCGGGCCUCCUCCAGUCAAGCGGCCACGAACAACGACGGCCCACUGCCCGCACCCCAGCCCGGUCCUGGGCAACACCCUCCACUUCAUCCGCAACCGCCGCCGCUUCUUCGACUGGUACGCGGACAUGCUCCGCGCCGCGCCGUCCGGUGCCAUCGAGGCGUGGGGGCCCUUGGGCGCGGGCCACGCCGUCACCACCGCCAGCCCGGCCGACGUCGACCACCUCCUGCGCUCCAGCUUCGACAAGUACGCCAAGGGCGCGCUCUUCCGCGACGCCACCGCGGAUCUCAUCGGCGACGGGCUCUUCGCCGCCGACGGCCGCCUCUGGAGCCUCCAGCGGAAGCUGGCGUCGCACGCCUUCUCGUCCCGCUCGCUCCGCCGGUUCACCGACGGCGUCCUCGACGUGCACCUGCGCCGCCGCUUCCUGCCGCUCCUGGACGCCGCAGCCAGGGACGGCGGGGCCGUGGACCUGCAGGACGCGCUGCGCCGGUUCGGGUUCCGCACCAUCUGCCACGUCGCGUUCGGCGUGGAGGGCCUGGACGACGACGCCAGGAGGCAGGAUGCGCUCUUCGCGGCGUUCGACGCGGCCGUCGAGAUCUCCUUCCGGCGCGCGCUCACGCCGGCCACGUUCGUGCGGCGGCUCACCAAGCUGCUCGACGUUGGCAAGUCGCGCCGGCUCCGAGAGGCCGUCCAUGCCAUCGACGACUACGCCAUGUCCGUCGUCGAAUCCAAGGUGGCGCGUCGGAGGAACAGCCUCGACGACGGGGCCGCGGACCUGCUGUCGCGGUUCAUGGCGGCCAUGGACGACGGCGGCGGCAGCGACAGCGAGCUCGGCGCCAUGUUCCCCACGCCAGCGGCCAAGCUCCGGUUCCUGCGGGACGUGGUCGUCACCUUCGUACUCGCCGGGAAGGACACGACGUCGUCGGCGCUGACCUGGUUCUUCUGGCUCCUCGCCGCCAACCCGCGGUGCGAGCGGCGCGCCCACGAGGAGGCCGCGUCGUGCUGCGGUGACGGCGGCGACGUGAAGGGGAUGCACUACCUGCACGCCGCGAUCACCGAGGCGAUGCGGCUGUACCCGCCGGUGCCGUUCAACGGGCGGGUCGCGGUGCGCGACGACGUGCUGCCGAGCGGCGCGGCUCUGCGAGCCGGUUGGUACGCCAACUACUCGGCGUACGCGAUGGGCCGGAUGGAGAAGCUGUGGGGCAAGGACUGCUUGGAGUUCGUGCCGGAGCGGUGGCUAGGCGAGGGCGGCGAGUUCGUGCCGGUCGACGCCGCGCGGUUCCCGGUGUUCCACGCUGGGCCGCGGGUGUGCCUCGGGAAGGAGAUGGCGUACGUGCAGAUGAAGACGGUCGCCGCGGCCGUGCUCCGGAGGUUUAGGUUGGACGUGGUGGCGCCGGUGGCUAACAUGGAGGCGCCGCCGGCGUACGAGAUGACGGCAACGAUGAAGAUGAAAGGAGGGCUGUUGGUGCGGCUCUGCAGUCGGGAAGACUAGUCGUUACAGACUAUGGGCUAUGGCGGCUGUUCUUCCUUGACACGUAAAUUGCUUGGAAAGACCUCCUAAAAGUCAUCACACCACAUAAAAGUCUUCGCACCGCUACAGCUCUGUGAAAAGACUUUGGACGUACUAGGAGUAGUGGAGUAUUUUAGGAAUGGUUGGGCUAGGUUGUACACUUGUACUCAUCUGUCCGCAAUCAUCUACACUCACUACUACA